AGCGUGGUGGGGCGGGAGCGUGGACGCGUGUUACAGGAGCACACAUGCGCCCACAUGUACACCUGAGCAUGUGGGCACAGGGCACCACGGGCAGCUGUGUGCAUCUGAGCUCGGGAGACCCCUUCCCCCUGCCUGGCAUUCCCCCUGGAGCAGAGCGGUGGCUGCAGAGGGGCCUGUCCUGGGCCCUGAACCCACCUCCCCCCCCGGGGUGGGCAGCCUUGGGCCUGGAACUGCCCACGUGGUUCUCAUCCGAACUUGGCAAUUCCCACAGUCCACCCACAGCCACCGCGGAAGAGUCGGCCACUGCUGGGCGUCACUCACAUCCCCCGUGGGCACAGCCACUGCAAGAGAGUCGGCCACUGCCGGGCAUCACUCACAUCUCCCGUGGGUGCAGCCGCUGCGAGAGUCGGCCACUGCUGGGCGUCACUCACAUCCCCUGUGGGCACAGCCACUGCAAGAGAGUCGGCCACUGCCGGGCAUCACUCACAUCUCCCGUGGGCACAGCCACUGUGAGAGAGUCGGCCACUGCCGGGCAUCACUCACAUCUCCCGUGGGCACAGCCACUGCGAGAGAGUCGGCCACUGCCGGGCGUCACUCACAUCCCCCGUGGGCACAGCCACUGUGAGAGAGUCGGCCACUGCCGGGCGUCACUCACGUCUCCCGUGGGCGCAGCCACCGCGGAAGAGUCGGCCACUGCCAGGCGUCACUCACAUCCCCCGUGGGCGCAGCCACCGCAGAAGAGUCGGCCACUGCCGGGCGUCACUCACAUCUCCCGUGGGCGCAGCCACUGCGAGAGAGUCAGCCACUGCCAGGCGUCACUCACAUCCCCCGUGGGCGCAGCCACCGCAGAAGAGUCGGCCACUGCUGGGCGUCACUCACAUCUCCCGUGGGCGCAGCCACUGCGAGAGAGUCAGCCACUGCCAGGCGUCACUCACAUCCCCCGUGGGCGCAGCCACUGCAGAAGAGUCGGCCACUGCCGGGCGUCACUCACAUCUCCCGUGGGCGCAGCCACUGCGAGAGAGUCGGCCACUGCCAGGCGUCACUCACAUCCCCCGUGGGCGCAGCCACCGCAGAAGAGUCGGCCACUGCCGGGCGUCACUCACAUCUCCCGUGGGCGCAGCCACUGUGAGAGAGUUGGCCACUGUCGGGGUCACUCACAUCCCCCGUGGGCACAGCCACCGCAGAAGAGUCGGCCACUGCCGGGCGUCACUCACAUCCCCCGUGGGCACAGCCACCGCAGAAGAGUCGGCCACUGCCGGGCGUCACUCACGUCUCCCGUGGGUGCAGCCACCGCAGAAGAGUCGGCCACUGCCGGGCGUCACUCACGUCUCCCGUGUGUGCAGCCACCGCAGAAGAGUCGGCCACUGCCGGGGGUCACUCACGUCUUAGUUUCUGGUGACCUGUGGGAGUGGCCUCUGCGGCUUCAGUCCUGGAGCCUGUCAAAAGGGAAAAACCUUAGACACGCUGUAUUGAACAGAGUUUAACUGAGCAAAGAACAACCCCGAAUAGGAUGGGCCUCAGAGCCAGCGUGUUCCGAGAGCCCUGGCCUCGGCAUGGCUGGCGGUGUUCACAGGC